AUUUGUUGUGAUGUAUCAGUUUACAUAAUAUAAACUCCCUGCUCGCACGCGCGCCAAUUCUUAUGAUAAAUUAUGGAGGCUGGAGCUUCGGUCGAGUUGUUAACUAUUAAACCGUUGAAAGAAGAAAAUGAGGUAACCGUGCCCACUGUGACGUCAGAAGAAGACGGGGCUCUUCUUACCGUGACGUCUCAAAGUGGAACCGAGGAGCAAGCACCGACUGAAGGCGAUGUCGAAGUCGAAACAAAACCCGAACAUGAGCAUCCGGAAAGAGACCAUUGGUCAAGUGAUUUGGACUUUAUACUGGCCUGUGUUGGUCUGGCCGUUGGACUUGGGAACAUUUGGAGAUUUCCGUAUCUUUGCUAUAAAAACGGUGGAGGAGCUUUCCUAAUUCCAUACUUGAUAUGUCUUUUUACCUCCGGGAUACCAAUAUUUAUGUUGGAACUGGCGAUCGGACAAUUCAUGAACAUUGGGAGUCUGGAAGCUUGGGCUGGACUUGUACCGGCAUUCAAGGGUAUAGGGUUAGCGUCGUUCUUGGUGAUAUUCCAGGCUAACUUGUAUUAUAUCGUUAUUCUGGCAUGGGCUUUGUACUAUUUGUUCAUGUCGUUUACAUCCGUGUUACCAUGGUCACACUGCAACAAUGAAUGGAAUUCAGAAAAUUGCUUUGUUGGUAAAUCGUCACCGCCUGCAAUUAUUCCCACCAAUCAAACGUUGGUAUAUCUUGCUAAUUCAACUGGAGUGGUAAAUGGUACAGUGAUCCCCGAAGUAGUGACGUCGAAUAAAACGGUUGACUCUGUCAUAGAGUUCUGGGAGAGAAAGAUAUUGCAUAUAUCGAGUGGCAUUGAGGAGCCAGGAAGUAUCGUGUGGGAACUCGCCUUGUGCCUGCUAGCUGUAUGGGUACUAGUCUAUUUCUGUGUCUGGAGAGGCGUAAAAUGGACCGGGAAGGUUGUUUAUUUCACAGCAUUAUUUCCAUACGUUAUUCUUACAAUAUUGCUGAUACGCGGAGUGACACUAGAGGGCGCUGGAAAUGGUAUCUAUUUCUUUCUGAAACCAGACUUUUCCAGAUUGGCUGAUCCCCAGGUAUGGAUUGAUGGAGGUACUCAGAUAUUGUACUCAUUUGACCUGGCCAUUGGUGCAGUCAUUACUCUUGGUAGUUAUAGUAAAUUUAAUAACAACUUCUACAGGGAUACAUUUAUCAUAACAAGUAUAAAUUGUGGCACGAGUAUAUAUGCUGGAUUUGCUGUAUUCUCUGUGCUUGGUUUUAUGGCGCACGAACAGAAUGUGACCGUCGCAGAAGUGGCUACAUCAGGUCCUGGGUUGGUGUUUCUCACGUACCCGAAGGCCAUUACCCAGCUUCCCGUGGCACCACUUUGGUCAGUUCUAUUCUUUAUUAUGGUCAUAUUGGUUGGUUUGGAUAGUCAGUUUGUAGCAGUUGAGGGUUUCUUGACACCGGUAUUUGAUGGGUUUCCGGACGUGUUGUAUGGAAUGAAGAACAGAAUGAUAGUGACAGCUAUCUAUUGUGCCGCUUCCUUUUUAAUUGGUCUUUGCAUGGUUACAGAGGGUGGAAUGUUCGUGUUCCAGCUGUUUGAUUUCUACUGCUCUAGCGGACUUGUCUUAUUGUGGAUUGUCUUCUUCCAAGCCAUAGCUGUUAGCUGGAUAUUUGGAUCAUCUAAGUUCCAAGAUUCUAUCGAGCUAAUGAUCGGAAGACGCUUGCCACAUUAUUUCAUAAUAUGCUGGAAAUACAUCACACCUGUGGUUUCUGCAGGAAUAUUUCUGUUUAUGGUGUUUGAUUUUGUACCACUGACGUAUGACCGUAAUUAUGUGUAUCCAGGCUGGGCACAGGGUAUUGGAGUAUGCAUGGGACUGGUGUCCAUGAUAUGUAUCCCCAUAGCGUUUGGUCACUCCAUGUACAAAGCUGAAGGAACGCUCCGCGAGAGGUGGCAAGCAGUAAUUAAACCAAUUCUUGAAAGUCACCAAAUCAAACAUGCUGAUACCGAUAAAGGACCGGCAAAUGACACCAACAUCGAAAGGGAUGGUACUAAACUCAUUGAUGGGAUGCCAGCAAAAGACGAGAAUUUGGAACCAGCAUUAAAUGACAAAAAUGAAGUACCAUCAAAAGAUGGUAACUUAGUAUUAGCUAAAGACAUAAAUGAAGUACCAGCAAAAGAUGAUAACUUGGACUUUGCUAAAGACUUGACUGAAGAAUCAGCAAAGAUUGUUUAAAUCUAACACAAGACACAUAACUGUGUUCUUUGUUCGCGACAAAUGCUUUUUUUAUUUAGAAUGCUUUUUAUAGCUCACCAGAACCGAAGGUCUUCCGUCAGUCCGUCGUCAUGCGUCAACAAUCGCCUCCUUCCCGGAAACUGCUGGGCAGAUUUACUUCAAAUUUGGUCUGUAGCAUACUCGCGACAGUCACACUAAAAUUUGCAGAUGUCAUUUCAAUUGGCCCCUUUAAGAUGUCAACAGGGCUUAAAAUAGAAAACCCUUUAAACAUCUUCUACUACAGAACUAAUGGAUGGAUGAUCACCAAACUUUGUCUGUAGCAUUUUUUGGAAGUCUUUAAUCAAGUUUGCUCAUAUUAAUUUGAUUGGCCCCUUUUAGGGGGUCUCUAGGGCUAAAAAUAGAAAAACCUUUAGACAUUUUCUUCUACAGAACUAAUGGAUGGAUGAUUUCCAAACUUUGUAGCAUUCUUGGGUAGUCUUUUAUCAAGCUUGUUAUAUUAUUUGAUUGGCCCCUUUUAGGGGCCGCUAAAGCUAAAAAGAGAAAAACCUUUAAACGUCUAUUUCUACAGAACUAAAGGAUUGAUGAUCGCCAAACUUUGUCUGUAGCAUUUUUAGGUAGUCUAUAAUCAAGUUUGCCCAUAUUUAUUUGAUUGGCCCCAUUUAGGGGCAACUAAAGCUAUAAAUAGAAAAAAAACAUUUGAACAUCAUCUCAAAUUUACUAUUAGAAAAUAUUGACAAUGGAUAAUUUCCAACACUGAAAAGCAGUUGUUUCUGGUGAGCGACUCAGGGCUAUCAUGGCCUUCUUGUAUAAUACACACCGUUAUUAUUCAUAUAUUCAUAUAUUCAUUUAACAUAAAGCUGCAAUAAAAUACCGUAAACUUA